GCCGCUCCGGAUCACUGCGCUGCUGCUGCUGCUGCUCCUCCUCCUCCUCCUCCUCCUCCUCCUCUCUGUCCGUCUGUCUGUCCGUCUGUCUGUCCGUCUAUUUAUUCGCUUUUUUUCUCUCAGAAAUUUUCAUCGGAAAGCUCGCAGACUUCAGGGCGCAGAGGACUGGGACCGAGCACCUACAGCCACGUCCAUCCACUGGUCAGAACAGAGAGAGCCAAGAUGUCCCUGAAAGUCCAGACCAGCAACAUCACCAAUAAAAACGACCCCAAGUCCCUCAACUCACGCGUGUUUAUCGGGAACCUGAACACAGCCGUCGUGGCCAAGAGUGACGUCGAGACCAUCUUCUCCAAAUACGGCCGCGUGUUGGGCUGCUCCGUCCACAAAGGAUACGCCUUCGUCCAGUAUGCUAAUGAGAGACACGCCCGCGGGGCCGUCAUCGGAGAGAACGGACGUGUACUGGCCGGACAGACACUCGAUAUCAACAUGGCAGGUGAGCCCAAACCCAACAGGCCUAAAGGGCUGAAGAGAACAGCAGCAGCACUGUACAGCGGUUAUGACUUUGACUAUGAUUACUACAGAGAGGAUUUCUACGACAGACUGUUUGAGUGCAGAGGCCGAGUAUCACCAGUGCCCAGAGCUGUGCCCAUAAAGCGCCCCCGUGUGGCCGUGCCUGUGAUGCGCAGGGUGAAGUCGUUACCUGUCAAACUCCUGAGCAGAUCAACCAUCCUGCCCAACAGCUCAGCCAAGCACAAAUCAGUAAAAUCCAACGAACUGCAAGCUAUCAAAUCAGAACUCACGCAGAUCAAGUCCAACAUUGAUGCACUGCUAGGAAGACUCGACCAGAUCACAGAGGACAAAUACUGCACAGCAGAUCUGCGGAAGGUGGAGGGGAGCAAGACUGGAGUAUCUCCUGAUGAAUCGUGCUCCGAGUCAGAGGAGCUGGCAGAAGAUCAGAACCACAGCGAUGUGGAGGAGGGAGAGGACAACACACAGGAGGACUGUGACGAGGACCUGGAAAACAACCCCUGUUCAGAAUCAGACCCCAUCCUUCAAUAAAAGUGGGCAGCGGCAGAAAGCUGGAUAACGGUCGACUGGAAGCUGUUUUAAUGCCGCAGACUCAGCGGGAAGACACUUAAACCAGAGGAGCGCAAUGAAAUCUCCAACAUCAGCUGUCAACCCGGCGGACAGCUCAACUAGCUCUCCGAGGAGAAGGUGGAGAGGUGAGCCCCCCCACACCUCCCAAAAACCAGGAACACAUAAAGCCCAGCAGCUCCUGACUGACAAGCAAAAAAAACACAAAAAGCAACAAGACGAAUUUCACAGACGUCCCGCAAACGCCUCCCUACAGGACACUCUAAACUUUUCAACAUGUAAAAAGGACUUUUUUCCUUUCUUUCUUUCUUUCUUUCUUUCUUUUUUACCGCUUAUAUGAAUGAGCCAUCCCCCCCACUCCCCACUCCCACCUUUACUUCCUUACUUCUCCUGUUGUGUCUUUUGUGCAUCUAUUUUUGCUUUAUUUAUAUGAUGAUUAUCUGAAGAAAAAACAAUGUUUGGUUACAUUUCCUUUUGCAUCAGCUUGCACUUUCAAGGCUGCAAGAGGUAUUUACAGACAUGAAUAAACUCUGAUCACUUGUGAA